AUAUUCAUCGGCCUCUUUGCUGGUGUCCAACAUAAACUGAAUACUGGGCAGGGCGGUAGUCAUGACGGAGACAAACCCAAUGAGACCUACACAGUGACGGCUACCACGACUUCUCACGCGACUACAACUAUUUUGUCCCCUCCGGAACCGACUAUCCAGCCUAGAGAACCUCUGUGUCUUACUCCGCAAUGCGUCAUCCUCUCUGCAUCCAUCCUGUCGUCGUUGGACACGUCCCAGGAUCCUUGCGAGAACUUUUACGAAUUCUCCAGUGGUGGAUGGCUUAAGGAACACCCCUUACCAGCAGACAAGAGCAGUUUUGGAAACUUUGAGGCUCUAGCAGUACAGAACAAGCGAAUUCUUCAAAAGAUUAUUGAGGGCCCCCAUCCAACGUCUGCGGCGCCGACGGCCGAUGAACAGCUUUUGACCAAGAUUCGCGGGAUGUAUGCUUCGUGUCUCGAUGAAAACAAGUUGGACGAAAUUGGCACGGAGCCCUUGAUUCACCUUGUACAGACUGUACGAAAAUUGUUCCGCGGCAACAGUACUGAUAUUAGUAGUGCUACCGAGGAGAGUAAGAAAGGACUUACAGCUGCCAUCGCAUUUUUGCAUUCCCGAGGCAUCGAGGCAUUGUUCUCUUUCAAUAUCGAAGGUGACGUUGGGGUUGCUCCUAACUUUAUGACAUUGUGGUUCAACCAACCGUCGCUCGGCCUUCCCUCCAAGGAGUACUAUGCUGAAGAGUCCAUUCUGGAGGUUUAUCAGAACGUCAUUGAAAGGCUACUCUUGACUCUCAUCGAAGAGGAAGAAAGCUUGUGGGAACAAAUGAAGUCAGAUUCCUCUUCCUUGGUAAAUCAAGCUGAAAGUGUCUGGCCCCCUUGGCCUUGGCCUCCUUGGGGUGAUGAGGACGACGGCGACAAAAAGCCAGUCAAUCAAACCGAGAGGGCGCAUGAGCUGGCUGAGAAAGUUGUCAAAUUUGAGACAAGAAUAGCGAACGCUAGUCUAGAUCUGGAUAUCUUGCAAGAAGAUCCGGUCGCCACCUAUAAUCCAGUUCCGCUCUCAAAUUUGACGACGACUUUGCCCCAGAUUCGUUUCUCAGACUACUUCACGACGUUUGCUCCUCGCAAUUUCCCAAACAAAGUCAUUUUGACGUACCCGCCGUAUGCAGAGUCGCUCUCGGAAAUACUUGAUGAGUCGCCUGCGGAUGUUAUUGAAACGUACCUCGUCGCGCAGACUGCUCUUGCUUUGUCGGCGUAUCUUGGAAUGGGUACGGAAGCUUGGCAAGCCCAAAGGUCGUUGUUAGAGACUUUGUCCGGCAUCAAGAAAGGCGCCGUUGGAGAUCGGGCCGAAUAUUGCGUAGGCCAGGUCGAAUCCACCCUUGGCUUUGCUACUGGAAGAUAUUUUGUCAACGAAACAUUUGGUGGUGAAUCCAAAGAGAAGGGAACGAAGGUUAUCAAGGACAUUGUCGAGGCAUUCAAGCAAUCACUAUCUCACGUCGACUGGAUGGACAAGAAGUCGGCGAAAGCCGCUUCCAACAAGGCAGAUGCCAUACGCAUCAAAGUUGGGUUCCCAGUAUCCCCUGACACACGUAGCGCGGAAUCCAUUGCCAGCUAUUACGGACUCGUGGAAAUUGACGAGAAUAAGUUCUUCCAGAAUGUCCUUAGUGCUACAACAAGUGAGAAGGUCAAAGAAUGGUUCCAGUUGGGCAAAACCCGGGAUCCAGAGGCUUGGGAGAUGUUCCCUUCUACGGUCAACGCCUACUUCAACCCACCAGCCAAUGAGAUCGUUUUCCCAGCCGGUAUCCUCCAGCCACCUUUCUUCUCCAAGGAGUGGCCGGGCUAUCUUGCGUACGGUGCCUUUGGACAUGUCGCGGCGCACGAAUUGACGCAUGCUUUUGACUCUGCUGGGAGAAUGUACAAUCAAGAGGGCAAACUGGAGGAGUGGUGGAGCAAUUCGACGAGCGCUGGGUUCCAAGUAAAGCAGGAUUGUAUUGUGAAGCAGUACUCUGAGUAUACCAUCGAUGAUGGGAAAGGCGGAAAAGUCCAUGUCAACGUGAGGAGACCCUCAACGUCUGGGGAGAACAUUGGGGAUACCGGACUCAUUCAGGCGUAUCGAGCUUGGAGAGCGCAGUUUGAGACGUCGAGGGCUAAAGGGAACGAGUACUUGCUUCCUGGGCUGGACUUUACGAGGGAACAGCUGUUCUUCAUAUCGUUUGGCCGGAUAUGGGCGCGAAGUAUGAAACCUGCUGCUGCUUUACAACGUAUACGCACGGAUCCGCAUUCGCCCUCGCAGUAUCGCGUAGAUGGGACAGUGUUUAAUAUCCCAGAGUUUGCGAAGGCGUUCAAGUGUUCGAAGGACGCAAAGCUUAACCCUCCGGCGGAGAAGCAGUGCAGGUUCUGGUAG